AUGCCGUUUAAGAAUUUAUUCAGCUCUAGAUCAUCUUCAUCAGCUUCUUUAGCUAGUGAAUCUUCUCAACAACAACCAAUUCAUCAAUCUUCACAACAACAGAGGCAGCAACAACUUCAACAAAAUCAUCAUCAUCAACAACAGCCGCAAUCACAUAGAGCAUUUUUAAAAGAGAAAAAUGGUAGAUCAAUUUCCCCUCUGUCUACAACAAGCUCAAUAAAUUCAAAACUUCAGAAUGCACAACAACAACAACAACAACAGCAACAAGUACCUCAAAUCAAUGUAAAUAAUAACAGUAAUAACAUUAACGGAUAUUCUAAUAUCAAUGGUCAAAAUUCAUCAAAGCUUCAUAAUAAUAAUCAAAAUCAUCAACAUGAUAACAAUAGUUCACCCUUAAAUAAUAAUUAUUCUCCUUCAUCAUCAAGUAGUGAGAUUUCAAAAGAUUCAAAUAUAAGUGGGAAUCAAAAUACACACCAUCAUUUAUCAUUGAAAAGAUUUUUAAAAAAAUUUAAGGGUAGUAGUAGCAUUAAUAAUGAUAGUUCCGAAAGUCUUUCACAUAAACAUAAACCAAGUUCCAAAAUGGGUAAACCGGACCCUAUACAUCCAACAGCUGAUUUAUUUAAAAAAUAUGGUACACCAGGAAAAUUAUUAGGUACAGGAGCAAGUGGAUCAGUUAAUUUAUUAACUUCAAAAGAUGAUCCCAACAAGAUAUAUGCUGUAAAAAAAUUUAGAAGUAGAUUACCAGCAGAACAAGAAAAUGAUUAUCAAACAAAAGUUCAAAAUGAAUAUAAAGUUGGAGAAUAUUUAAUUCAUCAAAAUAUUAUUCAUACUUAUGAAUUAAUAAAAGAUUAUUCAAUCACCACCAAAUAUAUAAAAGAUCCAGAUUAUUAUAUAGUAAUGGAAUAUUGUUCAUUUGAUUUUUUUAAUUUAGUUAUGUCAGGAUUAAUGAAUACUAAUGAAAUUUUUUGUUAUUUUAAACAAAUUAUAAAUGGUGUUCAUUUUUUACAUGAAAAUGGUUUAGCUCAUAGAGAUUUAAAAUUAGAUAAUUGUGUUGUUAAUAAUGAUGGGAUAUUAAAAUUAAUUGAUUUUGGUUCUGCUGUUCAAUUUAGAAAAGAAGUUCCAAAUGGUUAUUAUAUAACUGAAAAUGAUAUAAUGUUAAGUCCAAAACAUAAAUUAAUUAGAGCAAGAGGUGUUGUUGGUUCAGAUCCUUAUUUAUCUCCUGAAGUAUUUGAACCUUUAGGUGUUGGUUAUGAUCCAAGAGUUGCUGAUGUUUGGUCAAUUGCUAUAAUAUAUUGUUGUAUGAUUUUAAAAAGAUUUCCUUGGAAAUUACCAAAAUUAAGUGAUCCUUCAUAUAGAUCGUUCGCAGGACCACAAUUAAAUCCUUCAACAACAACUACAAAUGGUACAAUAGAAGAUGAUAUGAAUAAUUUAACUAUAGAUUCAAGACAUUCUCAUCAUCCAAUAACAGUUGGACCAGAAAAAUUAUUAAGAUUAUUACCAUCAGAUUCAAGAUCAUUAAUUAAAAAUAUGUUAAUAUUAGAUCCAAAAAAGAGAUAUUUAAUGAGUGAUGUUAAAAAUGAUCCUUUCAUUCAAAGUAUUUAUGAAUGUAAAGUAAUUGGUGAAAAAAAUAUUGAUGAACAUACUAUAAAAUCUGAAAAUCAUCAACAUCAUUUAAUUACUGAAGAUGAUUUAAAAAAGAUAACUCAAGAAAGAGAUAGAGCAAAAAGAUUAAAAGAAGCUGGAUUAACUUAG